CACCUCCACACAUGCACAGAUACGUCUCCUCUUACAACACUUCACUUCAACCAAAAAAAAAAAUCUACAUCCAAUCCAGACCGGACCGGACCCGACCGGUCCUCCGGUCCCACCAUUUCCCGGCUCACGCGCUUCAUCUGUUCACUAAUUACAACUCUCAUUGAUCAAACUUCUUCUGCUUCUGCUCUGUCUUCGUUUCUUCAUUUAUGCUUGUUUAAGCCAAUUGGCAGUGGAGGAAGAUAAGGUACGAGUGAAUUUCAUCGUAUCAUAUAUAUAUGUAUGUGUGUGGUGACUUGGGUUUCAGAGAAUUUACCAAGAAUUGUUGUGUUGGAGAUCGUUAAAAGGUUGAGGAAGCAGAGCAACUCAGCAAAGUUGAAAGAGUGUUUAGUUUCGAACUCGGAGGGGGCGGCUCAUGAAUUAUGAACCAAAUUUGGAACCUGAAUUGAACUCAGUUCGUAAUUUUCAGUAAUGGGUUGUGUUUACUCGAGGGUUUGUAUAGGAGAGGUUUGUACACCAAGGGACGCAAGAAUCAAACAGACCCAAAAUGUGAGGACCAAUGAGAUCGCUGUUUUCUCUCCUGAAUCUUCUAAUAGCGAAGAAGGUGAAGCCGGGGACCGUUUGAACCAGCUUAGAGAUUCCGAGGCUGGUAUCACAAGGCUCUCAAGGGUUUCGUCUCAGUUUCUACCUCCAGAAGGGUGUCGAACUGUUAAAGUUCCUUCAGGGAACUAUGAAUUGAGGUACUCUUACUUAUCUCAGAGAGGAUAUUACCCUGAUGCUCUUGAUAAGGCUAACCAAGAUAGCUUUUGCAUCUACACACCAUUUGGGUCCAACCCAGAUGACCAUUUCUUUGGGGUGUUUGAUGGGCAUGGAGAGUUUGGGGCUCAGUGUUCUCAGUUUGCGAAACGAAAGCUGUGUGAGAAUUUGCUUAGAAACAAUAAGUUUCAAUUUGAUGCUGUUGAGGCUUGCCAUACUGCUUUUCUGACCACGAAUACUCAGCUUCACGCUGAUAAUAUAGAUGAUUCCAUGAGUGGAACAACUGCUAUUACGGUAUUGGUAAGGGGUAAGACUAUUUAUGUUGCGAAUUCGGGUGAUUCGAGGGCUGUUAUAGCAGAGAAGCGUGGGGAUGAGUUCUUUGCUGUUGACCUUUCGAUUGAUCAAACACCAUUUCGAGAGGAUGAGCUGGAAAGGGUUAAGCUUUGUGGUGCUAGAGUUCUUACUUUGGAUCAGAUUGAAGGGCUGAAAAAUCCGGAUGUACAAUGUUGGGGUACUGAAGAAGGUGAUGAGGGUGACCCCCCGAGAUUGUGGGUACCGAAUGGGAUGUAUCCUGGUACUGCUUUUACUAGAAGUAUAGGUGAUUCCAUAGCUGAGUCAAUUGGAGUUGUUGCCACACCUGAAAUUGUGGUUUUGGAGCUCACACCAGACAACCCUUUCUUUGUGCUUGCAAGUGAUGGCGUGUUUGAGUUUCUUUCUAGCCAAACUGUAGUUGACAUGGUUGCUAAGUAUAAAGACCCUCGUGAUGCUUGUGCUGCAAUUGUAGCUGAAUCUUAUCGGCUUUGGCUACAGUAUGAAACUCGUACAGAUGAUAUUACAAUCAUUGUUGUGCAUAUUGAUGGACUAACUGAAACUGGUGGGGGUCAGACUGUAAGUUCUGCUGCUGUCCUACGGCCGCCUGUUCCUCAAGUUGUGGAGGUUACAGGAUCAGAAUCUCCUUCAACCUUUAGCUGGAAUUCGAAGAACCAACGUGUUAGACAUGAUUUAUCAAGGGCUCGUCUACGUGCAAUCGAAAGUUCUCUAGAGAAUGGGCAAGUUUGGGUUCCUCCAUCCCCAUCCCAUAGAAAAACUUGGGAAGAAGAGGCACACAUUGAGCGAGCAUUGCACGAUCAUUUUCUCUUCAGAAAGCUUACUGAUUCUCAGUGUCAUGUUUUGCUGGAUUGCAUGCAAAGAGUUGAAGUCCAGCCUGGGGAUGUUGUAGUUAAACAGGGGGGUGAAGGAGAUUGCUUUUAUGUUGUUGGAAGUGGAGAAUUCGAGGUCUUUGCAACCCAGGAGGAAAAUAAUGGAGAAGUUCCUAAGGUUCUUCAUCGCUAUACAGCUGAUAAACUAUCAUCCUUUGGAGAAUUGGCACUAAUGUAUAACAAACCACUCCAGGCCUCUGUUCGUGCAGUGACAAGUGGAACUCUCUGGGCCUUGAGAAGGGAAGAUUUUCGUGGAAUUCUCAUGUCAGAGUUUUCUAAUUUGUCAUCCUUAAAGCUACUCCGAUCAGUAGAUCUUCUGUCAAGGUUGACUAUCUUACAGCUGAGUCACAUUGCUGAUUUACUGUCUGAGGUUUCCUUCUCAGAUGGGCAGACAAUCGUAAAAAAGGAUGAAGGCAUGUCUGCAUUGUAUAUUAUUCAGAAGGGACUAGUGAAAAUGACCUUUGACACAGAUUUAGUUGAUCGAAAUAUCUGUAGUCUCAAACCUGAAAAUCAAAGAGAAGGUGAUAAUCCUCCUGGUAGUAAGGAGCUUGUGGUGGAGAAGUCAGAGGGAAGCUAUUUUGGUGAAUGGACACUUCUUGGUGAACACAUAGAUUCCAUAAGCGCAAUUGCUGUAGGUGACGUCACUUGUGCUGUUUUAACAAAGGAAAAUUUUGAGUCAGUUGUUGGCCCUGUGAAUAAGCUUUCUCUGGAUGAUCACAAAUCAAGGGACCAUUCCUCAGAUUUUUCCAAGGAAACCGUUAAAGGAGACAUGUCAACCCUUAAUGGAGUGCAGUUCUCUGAUAUGGAAUGGAAGAAAUGUGUGUAUUCCACUGAUUGCAGUGAGAUCGGGCUUGUGCAUUUAAGAGAUUCAGAACACUUGCUUAGUUUGAAAAGAUUUUCAAAGCAGAAGGUUAAAAGGCUUGGAAAGGAGGCACAGGUUUUGAAAGAAAAGAAUUUAUUGAAGAGUAUCACCCAUUCACCUCAGGUGCCAGAGGUCCUGUCUACUUCUAUCGAUCAGUCACAUGCCAGCAUACUGCUUAAUACAUACCUUGCGUGUCCCUUGGCUUCUAUACUUUUUACUCCUCUGAGUGAACUGUCUGCACAAUUUUGUGCAGCCAUGGUCGUUAUUGCUUUGGAGCAUCUACACAAGAAUGAUGUUCUCUACAGAGGUGUAUCUCCUGAUGUCCUAAUGUUGGACCACGCAGGAUAUUUACAGGUAGUGGACUUCCGGUUUGGAAAAAAAUUAUCUGGGGAAAGGACAUAUACAAUUUGUGGAAUGGCAGAUUACUUGGCUCCUGAAAUAGUACAGGGAAAAGGCCACGGCUUCUCAGCUGACUGGUGGGCAUUGGGGGUGUUGAUCUAUUUCAUGCUAAAAGGUGAAAUGCCAUUUGGAUCGUGGAGAGAAAGUGAGCUUGAUACAUUUGCCAAGAUAGCAAAGGGACAGCUAAAUCUUCCGCAAACUUUCAGCGCUGAAGCUGUUGAUCUAAUCUCUAAGUUACUCGAGGUUGACGAACAAACAAGGUUGGGGAAUCUAGGUUCUGAUCAUGUCAAAAGUCAUCCUUGGUUUGACGGUAUUGAUUGGAAAGGGAUUGAAAGCCGUAGUUCUCCAGUCCCUCAUGAGAUCACCUCUCGUGUCAUUCAACAUUUAGAGACUUACUCUGAGGAUUCUGCAUUUCCUCGACUCUCCAUCUCCCAAGAUGAAGAAGAUGUCGAAAUCCCUGAAUGGCUAGAUGACUGGUAGAGAAAUCUUAUUUCCAUUUCCAUACUAUUUUAUGGGUGGAGUUCUUAUUCAAUAUUGUGAGACUGAGAUCAACUCUUAGGUUGCUCAGACUAUGAGAACCCGAGGCUCGGAAGAUGAUAAAAGAAAGUGCAGAGAAGUUGGUGGAUCUGGUUUUUUUUACUUGUGGUCCACAAUUAUAUCUUACAUUGAUUACCUAUCUUGUAGCAUAGUAGUGGAAUUCCUUUUCUGGAGAUGACCUGCUCUGCUGGUAAUCAAUUUAACUAGGCUGAAUGCUUCAAUAAAAAAGGUCAGUUGAUAGAUUGAUUUAUUUGUUAUUUUCUUUCCUUUUGUUUUUAGCUUUUGUAAAUAUAUAUAUAUGUAAGUAAAUGCACAAGGGAUUCACUAUUUUUAAGGAUGAAGUUCUUGAUGUCCCAGGCAGCGUAUGUAAAGGCAGAUGAGAGUAAUUUGAUUAUUAUUAUUAUUAUUAUUAGGUCAGCCCUUGUUCAGUAUUUUUACUUGGAUCUCUGUUGUCUCUUCAUGUAUUCCACCCUGUUAUGAGUACAUGACACAGAAUCAGAUAUGUGUAAUAAAUUUGUUGGAAUACUUAACACUGAAUUAUGGAUGGCUUAAUAAGAAGGGUCAACCUGAAUUUAUGGAGUGCAAAA